AUGCACCUCUCUCCUUGCGGCUCCCCAGCCUUUGUUGAUACCACGCAGCAGAGAUGCCAGAUCCAGCCACAGAUCUUGAGCUUCUUCAACACAGGUCCUUUGCUGCAGACGCCCAGCACCGAGGACUUGGAUGUGGCUUGCUCCAUGGUGCAGGUGCAGCCCAAAGUUCUGAGCGGCUUGGAGACAGCCCUUGUCGAGAGCCGCUUCCCAGGAGCCUUUGACGAGAGCACCACAGCACAGACCCAAACGCUGCGGGAUUUUGAAAAGGUAAGCAGUCUGGAAGCAUGGCCCCCAAACAGUCAAACCACAUAUUGUCCCUGA